AUGGUAUCGAAGAAGCGCCGGAGACUUUCGCGCGCGUCCUCCCGCCGGGGCACAGCGGUCGCCGCGGCGGUCCGCGCGGUCGAAGCGAUGACCGUCCCCGGGUCGGAGAUCGACCACCUCCUGUUCGGCGCGUCCUCGCCUCCCGUCCCUCCCGCCUCGCGCGCUCCGACUCCCGGCACCUCUCCAUCGCGGUCUCCCGUCGUCGUCGUCUCGUCGUCCGAUUUCAUCACGCGUUACGUUCGCGCGUUCUCGUCUCUUCGCGCCUCUCUCAGCUUCCUCCUCCUCCUCUUCGUCGUCGUCGUCGUCCGUCCUCCCUCAUCAGACCUCGACGGCACGCUCUACGCGAUCGAGAACGGGUACGAGCUCGCGUGCCGCGAGCGCCUGUUCGAGUUCAUGGUCGAGCGCCUCGGGCUGCCGUCCAAAGACGCCGCGCGCGAGCUGUGGCGGCCGCACUUCGCGACGCACAACCAGUCUCUCAAGGCGCUACGCGCGGCGGGGUUCGUCGUGGACUCGGACGAGUACUGGGCGUACACGCGCGGGGACGCGUCGACGCACCUCGGCGCGAACGACGACGCGAUCGCGUUCUUCGAGUCUCUGAUGACGAGACGCGGGGAGGAGGAGGAGGAGGAGGAGGAGGAGGAGGAGGGGGGGGGUGAGGACGCGGGGGGAGUCGGCGGAGACGGACGGCGGAGAAGGAUGCGGCGGAUUAAGAGCUCGCACGUGCUCACGAACUGCCACGAGAAACAAGGCGCGGAGGCGUUGGCCGUGCUCCGGCUGUCCGGGUACUUCGAUCGCGUCUACGGCGCCGGGCACAUGGGCGACGACCUCGCCAAGCCGCAGAUCGAGGCGUUCGAGCUGGUCAUCGGCAUGGCGGGCAUCGACCCCGCGCGCACGGCGUUUUUCGAGGACAGCGUGAAGAACCUCGCCGCUGCGAAGACGCUCGGGAUGACCACCGUGCUCGUGCAGGGCGACACCGCGAGAGAGGAGGGGCCGCGCGACGACGGGUUCGUGCCGGACUGCGUGAUAUCGAAGGUGAGCGUGGACGAGGUGCGGAGGGUGCUGCCGGGGUUGUGGUAGCGCGAGGUGGGCGCGGCGGGGGCUGGGCCGGCGGAGGGAAGGAGGGAAGGAGGCAAGGAGGCAAGCACGGACGGCACCCGCGAACUGAUUACAUUUUUCAACGC